AAAACAUGUCGCAAUGGCCAGAUCUACGCGUCCCAUAGAUCGAGUCAAGCGAAGAUGAGAGUGGAAGUCACGAAUUGUCCAGCCCACCUACCCGAUACAGGCCCGUCAUGGUGCUCUGUCGCAUACGACUGAACUGCCUGGACCACUAUCAAGCAUACCCGGGACUGCUCGACCCGCCGCUAUGGGGCGAUCCGUCAUUGCUGUCACAGAGAGAUCUCCCCCAAGUGCCAGUAGUCCGUGUGUUUGGCGCGACCAAGAGCGGACAGAAAGUGUGUCUUCACAUCCACGGCGCAUUCCCGUACCUCUACAUCGAAUACACCGGCCCUCUUGACCGCCUCUCGGUCGACGAAUACAUUGCAGCCCUUCGACUGUCCAUAGACCAUGCACUUGCAGUCUCAUAUAGGAGAAACACGGCAGACACAAAAGCCAUAUUCGUCGCCCACAUCAGUCUCGUCAAGGGUGUCCCAUACUUUGGCUACCAUGUUGGCUUCAAAUACUUCUUGAAGGUCUACCUUCUCAACCCUUCAAACAUGACUCGUCUGUCGGAUCUGCUUCACCAAGGUGCCAUCCUGAAGCAGGUCUUCCAACCUUACGAGAGCCAUCUGCAGUUCCUUGCUCAAUGGAUGUGCGAUUUCAACUUGUACGGCUGCAACUACAUCGACACCGACAAUCCCUUCUUCCGCGACCCUGUCCCGGACGUCCAAGACCUCGUCAACCCUCAUCACGAGUGGCACGACAGAUCCAUACCCGACUCGCAGCGCCUACACCCAGACCACUUUCAACGCCAGAGCCACUGCAGUCUCGAGGUCGACAUUCGCGUACAAGACAUUCUGAACAGGAACGAUGUGAAAGACAGGGCGUUGCAUCAUGACUUUGUCGAACGUCUCAACCAUCUGGCACCAGAGGAAAAGUUUGUUCAAUCUAUGGCUGGCCUCUGGAGGGAUGAAACAAUCAGACGCAAGAAACGCAUGGGCAUCACAGAUCCCAGCAGCAGUCCCUUCCCACCGGAAGUGCUCGUGUCUAUGUCGCACGAUCCUAGGAACACUGAAAACGGUGGCUGGAUACAUGAAGCAGAGUUUCGUAAAGUUGUGGAAGAGCUGGCCAAGGACGAACGCGAGAGAAUGGGCGGAAACGCUCCUUCUUUCGACUCCUUCGUCAAGCCUCGUGAGGAAGACUUUCCUGUUCAGACUACGUUGGAGAGCGUCGAGGAACUUUUCCAUGAGAACAUCUUGCAAUUCGUGUCAGAUGAGCAGUCGUACGAGUCUGACGAGGAAGUGGCCCGAAAAAUAGCAUUGACACAGAUCCAUCAGCCCAAGCAGGACCCUGCGCCAGAUGUUGCUGCUGAUGACGAGACUCGUCCUGAUGGUGAUGAUUAUGCUCAGCAAUUCCUUGACCCUCUGGAUUCUCUGUCAACGUCAUCCCUUCCCAAGACUUCUCAACCCAAAUCAGGCGAACAGCCACCAGUGCCGGCACCGAUCGCUCCCGACCCAGAACCUCAGCAUGGCAAGAAGCGCCAGAUCGUUGAUGGAGAGGCGUCUGUCAAACGACGAAAGGUGGUCGGCUUCGCGGCGGAUACUCAGGAGCCUCCGAAAGAGGCUGUAAAGUCGAGACGCAAGAACUUCAAAGUCAAGGAUUGUGUGACAAACUCUCAGAUCAUGGCAGACGCCGAAGCAGAUCAAGAAAAUGGUUUACUCAAUGAUCUCCCUCCUGCCUCGACACAAUUGCCGAAUAGUCAAGAGAAUAGUAAGUGGAGAAUUUCACAGUCCUAUCCGGCUGUGAAGAACCCCCACGACCCUGGUACUAUGUUGCGUCUAAGCCAGAGAAGUGACGGUGGUAGUCAGAGGAAUCCUGUCACACCAGCCAAGUCAAGUCAGAAUCGCAAUUACGAGCCUUCCUCUUCUUCGUCCUGGAUCAAGUCGAGGUACACAGCCAAUGCUACUCCAUCAAAGCAUGCCACCAUCUCUCCGGCUGCACGUAAGCUAGCAACACCGCCAGUCGUUUACCAGGACGCCUUCUAUAGUGAUGAACGAGAUGUGCCAGAGCGAUCAAGGGAGUAUGCCGGUCAGGAGUUCAAGCUCGAGAGCAACACUAUCCCUUUCUUGCCUGACUUUGAUGCCACUGGUGGGUCUGAUGCUUCGAGAGGAGCAAAGCUCCCAAUAGUCCUCGAUAGGGUCAAAGAAGAACUUCAGCAUCAAGUGCGACGAAAGGACUGUUUCCUCCAGCGCUGGGAGAUUGAAGCUCGUCCUCCGUCUUUUUCGGAAGUGCAGAAUUGGCUUCAUGCCAAGUGCCCGACUGUCGAGGAUGCGCCGGAAGAAGAUGAUGGUGAAGUCGAUCAUCCUCUUUCACAACAAGACUUUUUGGAACGCACCAAAACUAUGCUGUCGCAGAUCGAAGGCCCAACACAACGAAACAAACAUGGCUUCAAGUUCUCGCAAAGGAAGAAGUCGACCAGUGUACAGCAUGAAGUUCAAUACAUGUCUAUCAUGAGUCUUGAGGUCCACGUCAACUCGAGAGCAGACCUUGCCCCUGACCCUGAGCAUGAUGAGAUUGCUUGUGUGAUCUGGUCUCUCAAGGCUGAUGAUACUGAUCUUUAUGUUGGGAUCAUUGCGCUGUCUAAAGAUGGUGAUCUGGUUGAGCGUAUGAGAAAGCAAGUUGGUGUAGAUGUCGAGGAAGAGGACAACGAGCUGGAUGUUCUCAAUCGACUGGUCGACAUUGUUCGCGAAUAUGACCCGGAUAUUCUUGCUGGAUUCGAGGUACACAACUCGUCUUGGGGAUACUUGAUCGAACGUGCUCGGCUCCAAUAUGAGUUCAAUUUGUGCGAAGAGCUGUCUCGUGUUAAGUCACAAUCGCACGGUCGAUUUGGUAAAGACGCGGACAAAUGGGGCUUUGAGCAUACAUCGACUAUUCGCAUCACUGGCAGACACAUGAUCAACAUCUGGCGCGCCAUGCGAGGCGAACUCAACCUGCUGCAGUACACCAUGGAGAAUGUCGUGUUCCAUCUUCUUCACAAGCGUGUUCCUCACUACUCUUUCGCGGACUUGACAACAUGGUACAAGAGUGCAAAACCUCGAGACUUGGCUAAAGCUCUGGACUACUUCAUAACCCGCGUUCAGCUCGACUUGGAGAUCUUGGAUGCGAAUGAAUUGGUGCCUCGUACCUCCGAGCAAGCACGUCUACUUGGCGUUGACUUCUUCAGUGUCUUUAGUCGAGGCUCUCAAUUCAAGGUCGAGUCACUGAUGUUCCGAAUCGCCAAACCAGAAUCGUUCGUUCUUGUCUCUCCCAGCCGCAAGCAGGUCGGUCAGCAAAAUGCUCUUGAAUGUCUGCCGCUUGUCAUGGAACCUCAAAGUGCUUUCUACAAUAGCCCAUUGCUUGUACUGGACUUCCAGAGUCUGUACCCGAGUGUCAUGAUUGCAUACAAUUAUUGUUACUCGACUUGUCUUGGUCGCAUUACUCCUUGGCGAGGUCAGAACAAGAUGGGCUUUACAGACUUCAAGCGUGACCCAGGCUUACUUGAUCUGGUGAAAGACAAGCUGAACAUAUCUCCCAAUGGCAUGAUGUACGUUAAGCCCGAGAUGCGCAAGUCAUUACUCGCGAAGAUGUUGGGCGAGAUCCUGGAGACGAGGGUCAUGGUGAAAUCAGGCAUGAAGGUCGACAAGGACGACAAAACCUUACAACAGCUUCUCAACAACAGACAGUUGGCACUGAAGCUGAUUGCGAACGUCACUUAUGGUUACACUUCUGCUUCAUUCUCUGGUCGUAUGCCAUGUUCAGAGAUUGCCGAUUCUAUCGUUCAGACCGGCAGAGAGACGCUAGAGAAAGCCAUUGCACUCAUCCACUCGGUUGGCAGAUGGGGAGCAGAAGUCGUCUAUGGUGAUACAGACUCUCUCUUUGUCUACCUCAAAGGUCGCUCUCGCGAUGAAGCCUUCAAGAUUGGUGAUGAGAUUGCGAAGGCAGUCACAGACAUGAACCCUCGACCCAUCAAACUCAAGUUUGAGAAAGUCUACCAUCCCUGCGUCCUGCUAGCCAAGAAACGCUAUGUCGGUUUCAAAUACGAACACCCCUCUCAGACAGAACCAGACUUUGACGCCAAAGGUAUUGAAACAGUCCGCCGCGACGGCACACCCGCCGAGCAGAAGAUUGAAGAAAAAGCUCUAAAGCUACUCUUCCGUACGUCUGAUCUCAGUCAAGUCAAAGCAUAUUUCCAAUCUCAAUGCCAUAAAAUCAUGACUGGCAAGUUCAGUAUCCAGGACUUUUGCUUUGCGAGAGAAGUCAAACUGGGCACGUAUUCGGACAAGGGACCUGCGCCUCCUGGUGCACUUAUUGCAACUAAACGAAUGCUGAAGGAUGCGAGACAAGAGCCACAAUAUGGAGAGCGAGUGCCAUAUGUAGUCAUUGCAGGUGGCCCUGGCGCAAGACUUUUCGAGCGUUGUGUGGAACCUGAACGACUGCUGUUUGACGAACAUGCCGAGUUGGAUGCUGAGUACUAUAUCAGUAAGAACCUCAUUCCACCACUGGAGAGAAUAUUCAAUCUCGUGGGCGCGAACGUUAGGGCGUGGUAUGAUGAGAUGCCUAAAGUUCAGCGUGUGAGGUCUGUGGGUGGUGGUGGAGCAAGCAAAGCAACACAUAAGACUAUGGAGUCGUACAUGGCCAUCUCCACAUGCGUGGUCUGUGGCGUCAAACUUGCUCCUAUGGCUCCCACUGCUGGACAAGUCAUUCUGCCUCUUUGCGCCAAGUGUGCAAAAACACCUGCUUUGACACUUCCCAUCCUUCGUCAGAAGAUGAGAGCUGCAAUGGCAAAGAAACAGGAUAUGGAUCGGGUGUGCAGAUCUUGUACUAAUGUGCCUGUGGGCGACGAGGUCAAAUGCGAUAGUAGAGAUUGUCCGGUUUUCUACUCGAGGAUUAAGGCUGGGGCGAAGUACUCAGUGGAGAGGGAGAGACUGGAAGGAGUUGUGGAGGCUGUGGAGAAGGAGGAGGAGAAGAAGUUUAUGAUGUUGGAGUGGUAG